CGUUCGAAACGUCAUCACCGCAGAGCAUGCGCACUGAGCGAGACUACUACUUUUCGAACGAUUCGUUACUAACGCGUUUAACUCGUUCGACUUAACGAACGUACCCUUUAUUGUAUUUUGGAGAAGUUAAGAUGGAUGAAAAUGAUUCUUUGCGACAAGAAUUAUCUUCUACCAGUUUUGAAGAAUUACAACAGUUAAAGGAUAAAAUUGGCAUUAAGAUGUUUAAUAAAUUAAUGUCCAAUUCUACAAUGACAUUGAAAAAAAAGGAAUUUAAAAGAGAAAACAAAAAUAGACCUAGAGAAAUAUCUUCUAAGAAGCCAGUAGGAAUGGCUCGAGAUGUUUUUGGAAUAAAGAAAAAGAAGAUCAGAGAUCCAAGGUUUGAUGAUUUAUCGGGAGAAUAUAACGAGUCUCUAUUUCAAGAGUCAUAUUCAUUUCUGAACGAAAUGCAGCAGAAAGAAAAAAUGGAAUUAAAGAAACAGCUGAAGAAAGAAACAGAUGAAAGGAAAAGAAUGAAAAUAAAAAAAUUAAUAAAUAAGAUUGAUAAUCAAGAAAAGGAGAAACAAAAGAAAAAGCUGAGAGAAAAAAAUAAGAAAGUAAUGAAGCAAGAAGUAAUUGAAAAGUUAAAAGAAGGAAAGAAGCCAUAUUUUCUUAAAAAAUCUGAAAGAAAGAAACUUGAAUUAAUUCAGCAUUAUAAAGAACUGAAAAAGUCUGGAAAACUGGAGAAAUAUAUGCAAAAGAAGAGAAAGAAGAAUGCAUCCAGAGAUUCUAAAUGGUUAAAAGAUAUGUAACUUAUUGUCAGUCUAUUUUUUAAUUUAUGUAAAUAAAAAUUAAGAUAAUAAUUGUUCUGCUUCUGUUUUCUCUAAUCUUAACAUAAAAACGUCUCAAUAAUAAUCUCACCCUUCUAAGUAAUUCGUAUUGAUGAAUAUUUAAGAUAUUCUAUAAUACUUGUUUUUAAUGCUUACUAUUUAUACUGAUUCAGCCACAAAAAGAUAAGUUUCAUACAUUCAUUAAGUCAAAAACAUAAUUUAUGUAAUAUAUAGAUAACAAUUGUAAGAUAUAAAUGGUAUGUAACCUUUGAGUCUAUCUAAUGUAAGCAUAUUGAACUUACACCAAAUCAUAGUUUUGGAAUAUGCAUUAGUAUAUUAAUCUUUGUGUUAUGAACUUUGUAUUUAAAAAGUCAUAACACUAAAAGUUUUGGAAUACACAUAAAAGUGUAUGUCAUUAUUUUCCUCAGUUAAUAUAUUGGAUGGAGAAUUUGAGAGAAAAUUUGCUAAAGCACAAUAAUUACUUGCAAUUGUUUUAAAAAUUUAUUACAUGGUAACAUUUAACUUUAUACUGAUUAUUGAAAUAGUGUCAUAAUAUUUUAUUUUUGGGAAAAAUGAAUUCAUCAGUUGGAUCCACAGGAGAGCCCAAAAAUCACUUAACUAAGUUAUAUUUUAAAAAUGAUUAAAACAGAUUUGGAAUAGCUGUAAGUUAUUUGUGAUAGUUAAAUGAAUCCCAAAUACAGAGUAACAUGCUGUUCCACAUCAAUUUAAUACUUUAAAGCCAGUCACAUUAUUCUGCCUCUUCCCAAAUUAUAGAU